AUGCCUACUCUCGCGGUAACCAAUUUCAACGUUGUAUGUGCUACCCUGGGUGGUUUCAUUACUCUCUUUGGCUUAGUAUCGUACCUAUUUAAGGAGCAGUUCUAUCUGUCGGAAGCAUACUAUGCCCUAGGAAACAGAGAAGCCUUGGAUGAUAUCACGCUUUAUUUUAGCCGCCUAGUUCUAGGUGUGCAGCUUGUUCUUGCAGGUGUCCAACUACCGAGCCGAUAUCUUCUUAAAGAAUGGAAGAGUCUCUCUCUACUACUUGGACCAGGAAUGCUGGGCAUGUGGUUAUGUAGUAGCCUCGUUAUCUACGGUCUCGUGCCAAAACUACCAUUUCUUCAUGCCCUGGCUAUCGCUGCAUGUAUCACCCCAACCGACCCAGUAUUAUCUAACUCGAUUGUCAAGGGUAAAUUCGCAGAUAAGAAUAUCCCGCGCCCCCUACAGAGGAUUAUCAUAGCCGAAUCUGGUGCUAAUGACGGACUGGGGUACCCGUUCUUGUUUUUUGCUAUGUACCUUAUUCAGUAUACUGAGGCUGGGGGUGCACGCAAAGCUAUGGGUUUGUGGUUUGGUGAGACGUGGGGGUACACCAUUCUCCUGAGUGUAGUGUAUGGGGUUGCUGUGGGCUGGGUGGCUAAAGAAUUGCUGCAUUGGGCAGAGGAGAAUAAAUAUAUUGAUCGGGAAAGCUUUCUUGUGUUCGCUGUUGCAUUGGCCUUGUUCAUUAUCGGCACCUGCGGGAUGAUUGGGAGCGACGAUGUACUUGCUUGCUUUAUUGCGGGCAAUGUCUUCACUAUCGAUGACUGGUUCCGCCUCGAGACUCUCGAUGAUUCUCUCCAGCCGACUAUUGACAUGCUUCUCAACUUAUCAGUAUUUAUGUGGUUUGGUGCAGUCUGCCCCUGGCCCAUCUUUUUGAACAACGAUAUCAUCCCCAUCUACCGGCUAGUUAGUUUGGGAAUUCUGAUUCUCCUGCUCCGUCGGAUCCCCGUCGUCUUCGCCAUGCACAAAUAUAUUCACCAGAUUGAAGAGUUCCGCCAGGCUGCUUUCGUCGGGUUCUUUGGCCCAAUUGGUGUCAGUGCCAUCUUCUAUCUCUAUGUUAGCUUGGAAUAUGUCAGGCUCAACUUCACGGUAGAUGGAGAAGUUGUUCAUGGGUUGUCAAUUCCUGUUGGAAAACUCGGUUUCAGCAUCCCGCGAAGUCUCUCUAGUGCUCUCAGCACAAGCAUUGAUAUAGAAUCAGAGCGCGGCCCACACUCCGGGGUCAGCACCCCAGGCCCCCACCGUACAACAACUGUGGCCACUUCUACUCCUGUAUCACGAGCAUUACGAUUCAUACCAGCUAGAUUUCGCAAGCAGCCUGCAACGAAAAGUGGUCGUCCGCGAGAUAUCCCACCAGAACCUGUUGCAUUCCGCAUUGGCCGUACCGUUAUUCCGGAACGAAAUAUGGAUAGCAAUGAUCUUUGUGUUAAUAUCCCAUCACCGUCAUCUAGUUCGACUAUUGCCAACCCACACAGAGCUGCUCACCUGGAGCAAGGCGAAGCCACAGGGGUAUACACGAUAGAACAGGAUAUAGCCCAUUCUUCCCCCGCGCGCAUAGGAAAUGAAAGAAAUGAUAUCAAUAGCUCUGUAGAAGAGAGAAAGUUUGGGCGUGAUGAAGUUGGAUGUAGGGCGACUUAG